AUGAAGAAGCCAAUAAAAUAUUAUCAGAUUUCAUUGAACAAAGCAAGCAAAGACAAUGUAAGAGCAAUAAAAAUUUUAGAAACUAGUUAAUUCUUAAAUUCUCGAUAGAGAACUUCUUAAGAAAUGCUAUAAAGUAUUGUGUCUCAUUAAUCAUCUACAAAUAAAUUUUAUGUGCCAUUUCAAUCUGACUUUGCUAAAAGAAAAAAUAAUUCCUUAAGUAGUUUUGAAAAAGUUGGAUCCUCUUCUAGAAUUGGCAAUAGGAGACAGCAAAUUCAAUAGACCGAGCAAUUCUUCCAAUCCUAAAUCACGCCUUCAAAUAGACAGGAAUAUCUAGACAAAAUGGAAGAUUUCAUUACAGAAAUCUUAACGGAAGAAUUCAAGGAAAUAUCUUCUUUGUUUACUACUUUUAUGAAAUAGUAUUAACUCUACAUUGAUGAUUAUUAAUUAUAGUUGUCUAUUAAAGAAAAGCAACUUGAAUUAGAGAACCUUACAGAAUUUGAGAGAAUGAAUAGCAAAUAUUCUAAAACAAGUCAAUAAUAUGAAAACUAAAUUAAGUCACUCAAUUAUAAUGUAGAACAAUAUAACAUUGAUAUUCAUAAAUUGAAAUCUGAGAUCUAAGAUCAAGGACGUAAAUAUAAAGAACUUCGCUAGAGAUUCGAGUUAAAACAAAGAGAAAUAGACAUUAAAAAUAAAAAGAUUAAAUCAUUAGAAUGUGAUAUUCAAUCUUAGUAAAAGAAGAUCUAAUAUUAUGAAAAUAAGUUGCAAUAAACAUUUGGAAAAGAUUAAAUGACAGAUAUCAAGCAAUCCUAUCAAGACACCUUCUAAAGGAAGAACAGUACCUCUAAUUUAAACAUAUAAACCUAUAGUUAACAGACUCCAAGUAAUAACCUGAUUCCCUUGAGAACGAGUGUAAAAAAGGUAAGUAUUGUUAGUAUCUUAAACUCUCCAAUAAACCAACCUCCGGAUUUAUUGAAAAAGAAAUCAACAACCCAGAAGUCUGAUUCAAGCAUUGAAUAAUUAGAAGAAGAAGUUGAAGAGUAAGAUAAAUUGAAUUAAAUUGAAUUGAAUUAUGAUAGAAUUAUUGAGUAUAGAACAUCAGAAGCCUAAGUAGAGUACGAUUUAUAAGAAAUGUAUUGUAAAUCAAUUGAAGUCUAAACUGAAUUGACUAUGAUAGGAUAAAACUACGAUUCAUUAAAAUAAGAAAACAUUGAAAAUGCUUUAAAAUACACUGAAUUUAUCAAAGAAGUUAAUAAUAAAGGAGAAAAUUAAUAGGAUUAAAAUUUUGACAAAAUGUUUGAUUAAUUGUUGAAGGAUGCAGAAGAUGUGAAUGCCUAAAAUGGCGUAUAGAUUGUAUCGAAUACUCAAACUCAGGUUCAAAGCAGCAAAAGGCUAUCGAUGUAUGGAACAUCAAAAGAUUCCAUUAACUUAGAUGAUAAUUCAUAAUUGCAAUAAAAAAAUAAACAGAAGAAGGAAUAGUAAAUAAAGCAAUUAUAUUCAUUUUUCAAUUACUCUAAAAGUAGAUUAGUUGAAUUAACUGACGAUAAUGAUUAAAAGAAAAUAACUAUAGUUUCACUGUAAUUUUAAAACGAAAACCUAUCUAACCAAAUUAAACAGUUAUAAGAAGAAAUUCACAAAUUGAAACUAUAAGCUAUAGAUGAUCGAAUUUUAAUUUAAGAUUUAAAAACGAAACAAGAACAUGCAACCGUUGUCCAACACACUAAUGCAGAAUAAAAUCUGAUCACUUCUUAACCAUUAUCAUAAUAAAAUGAACAUAAAUAGUAAAAACAGUAAUAAUAACCCAAAAAAGGAGUCAAAAAUAGAAUACCUUAAUUAGGUUAGAAGGUAACUAUUUCCUAUGACUUUUAAAAAAAUUAGUCCAAAUAAUUAAUAGACAAGAUCAAGACCAAAAAUAUGACAAAGUUCACUAAUUUUCUACCUCUGAAAGCAGUAUUAAAAUAUAUUACCACAUUAUAUUUUGACAAAAUUCAUAAUUAAAAAGAAUAAAAAUAAUUAAAAGAUUAGGAUAUGUCAGCAUUUAUAUACAAUUACUAUAUGUAACAAUUUGGUUACACUAAAGUUACAGAACAGCGUUUCAUGAUUUUAGUUCUCUCUAUUAAGAAGAAUGUAAAAUUAGUAAGAGCCAAUGUCUUUGCUAAGUUUAUGGGGUUAUUUGAGGAAAAUUAAAAUUAUAGUGCAAAUGAGUAACAAAGAUAUUUAGAGGCUUUGGAGUAUGUAACCAAUUAAUAGAAUUUGGGGAUUACCAUAAAAGACAAUGAAUCAGAAUCUAGAUAUUUCAUUCCUUAUGUUAGAGCAUUGUCCUAUUUAUCAUAACUUUAAUAAUAUAACUUUUCUCAAGAAGAGUUCAAUUAUCUAAAAUCAGAGUUUGAGGAGCUGAAAGAAAAUGAUCCAAAAGGGCAGAAUAAAUUGGGAAUUAUAGACUUCGAUUUAAUGAUGAUAAGAGUAUUGUAAAUAUUUAGGAAUAAUGUUGAGAAAACUAAAGCAUAUGUCAUAAAUGCAUUUGCUGCAAGUGAUUUGGAUGGAAAUGGAAUGUGUAACAUUGAUGAAUGGCUAUUAUUGAAUAGACACAUUGAAGGAGAGAAAUAUGAUGAGGACAAAUUGAUUGAUGCAUUUGAAGAAAAUGCUGAUUUAAUAGUAGAAGAAGAGAAAAAUUUAUCCUUUGAAACCUUUUCAAUCUUAUGCAUGAGUUUAGAAUUAUUUAGUGAUGCUGCUUAAAAUAAAUUCCUAAAAGUACGAAACAACUAAGAUGUAUUAGUUAGAUUUUAAUAAGUAUAGACUGUCUGGACUGAAGAGUAUACAAAAUGCUUAUAAAAAUUGAGUGCAUCUGAAAUAGAAGAACAGGAAAAACAAAAAUGGGGAACCAUAUUGAAUGUUCUUAAUGACAAAAUAUUAUCCAAUCCAGAAUAAGUAAAACCACUCUUAAUUGCUCAUAAAAUUUUUAUCGAAGAGAUCAAAUGA